GCUAUUACUAAUUAAAAAUGUUCUAGAGAAAGCUUUUAUUCGAGAAGGAAGUGGGAAUAUCUCGAUGAACGCGAUGUGCAGCAACAAAAUAUUCGGAGUUACAGAAAAACCGAAAAAAGGAUGACACAAAGCGAAGAAAAUAAUUUAAGCAAAGGAUUCGAUGAGAGGGCGAACGUUGAGGAAGACUUCGAUGAUUUUAGACCCUGCUAUCCACGCCGGUUUCUUCCAUGUCAUCUGUGGUCCUCACUCUGCAAAUGGUAUUUGCGUUUUUUGGAACGCUUCUUUGGCUGGUAUGGUACAGGGAUCGCCAAACAUCCGCUGAUAACAAUCCAGUUGUGUCUCAUACUUGUCAGCGUCUGUUCUGUGGGCUUUGUUUGGUUCAAUUCAGAAAACAGAACCGUAAAACUGUUCAUCCCUCAAAACAGCAAGGCAAUAGACGACUUGGAGACUGCCGAGAGAUACUUCCGAGUCGACUUUCGAGAGGAAAUCAUCCUACUGGUGGCCUCUCCCAGUAAUCCUAAUCCUCUUUCCCCGAUGUGUUUGAAACAGGCCUUCAGAGCUCACGAUGCAGUCAUGGAGCUGAAAUCGUUUUCAGACCUCUGUGUCACGUUGUCGGGAAACAAAUCCAGGUCAACAAACGGAUGUGCGAUGAUUAAUCCACUAGAAUUUUUGCAGUUCAAUGAAAGCAACUUGAACGGAAAGGACUUACAUGAUGUCCAACGGGAACUGAGCAAAUCCUACAACGACACAAGUUUACUCAUGCGUAAUGGACGCCCAUUCUGGUUGAAUUUCAACCGAAUGUUUGGCAAGGCCACUCGAAAACAUGGAAGCAUAACCAACGCCAAAGCUUUGCAAAUGAUUUAUCUCCUUCGUGAUCCGAGGGACGAUGAUGAGAGUGACAAGAUUCUCAAAUGGGAGAAGGCUUUCAUUGACAAACUAGGCUCGCUAGUGGACAAACUUUCGUGCUUCGAUGUCCAUUAUUCAAGUGAAAGGAGCCUGGAUGAUGCUAUAAGUGCAAGUACCGGGUCUGAUGUUAAACUGGUGUCAAUCACAUUCACCUGCAUGAUCUCUUUUGCUUGCUUCAUGCUGGGCAAGUACCUUAAUCCGUUGACUGGUCAUGCUUUACUUGCUAAUGGAGGGGUCUUCGCAGUUGCCCUUGGGAUUUUGUCUGGGCUCGGCCUUGGUAUGUGGCUCCGUGUACCUUUUGUUAGUUUGGUGGGGGUGCUACCUUUCUUGGUUCUUGGAAUCGGCAUCGAUGACAUGUUCAUCAUGGUCGACGAGCUUGAUCGGCAGCCACGUGACCUGUCGACGACCGGAAAGAUCAAAGCGGUUAUGAAGCAUUCUGGUGCAACAGUUACUAUGACAACUAUGACUGAUUUGGUUGCGUUUGCGGUCAGCACGUCUACCUCAUUUCCCGCCAUUAGGUAUUUCUGUGUUUAUGCUGCCUUGACAGUGACGUUCUCCUUCCUGAUGGUUGUCACAUUCUUUGUGGCCCUUAUGACAUACGACGUUAGACGAAUUAAAUCUGGCCGCCGAGAUUUCCUCCCAUUCUGCCUGGCACCACGGCCAAAAGAAGGUAAACCAGCAUGGGAUGAGCCUCUCCCCCAAACUUCAAAUAAAGUUAUGAAUUACUGGGGCACAUUAUUGACCCUUCCAAUUACAAAAGUUCUGGUUAUACUCUUCUCUCUGUCACUGCUUGGUGCUGGGAUAUAUGGAGUCACUCAGGUGGAUGAGUCAUUUGAUAGACGUGUAUUGGCCAGAGAUGAUUCCUACUUGAGGCAGUUUUUGACAGCUCAAGGAAAGUACUUUGAGCUGUCCAUUGGAGUGAGUAUCGUGCAGACUGGUGAGGUUGAUUACCAAUUGAGGUCCACGCAGAGCGACAUUAAAGAAUUAACGAACAUAUUCAAGGAAAAUGAAUAUUACAAGAACCAAUCACUAUCCUGGAUGGAUGCAUUUGCCCAGUAUGCUAAGAAGUCGAAGAGAAACAUUACUGGCCCAGGUUUUCUACGAGAAUUGAAAACAUUUCUUCGUAUUCCCGAGUUCUCGUAUUUCACACAGGACGUGAAGUUAUCCGAGGAUGAGACGAAAAUAGAAGCUUCUCGCGUAAUAGGCUAUAUGAAGGAUUCGGGUAGCUCCACCUUCCAGAAAAACGCUAUGCUCACACUCCGUGAAGACAUAUCAAAGAAGUCCAAACUGAAUGCCUUUCCAAUCACUCGAUCCUUUAUAUUCUUUGAACAAUACGCAAUUACGUCACGCGAGACCCUGAGAAACCUGAUAAUCGCAGGCUUAACGGUGGUAAUUGUCACAAGCCCCUUUUUGAUGGAUUUUACUGUGACGUUCGUGGUGGUGCUUAACUUCGCAGCACUGGUUUGCGAGUUAUUUGGUUUGAUGGUAAUCUGGGAUGUGUCUCUGAAUUCUGUUUCCAUGAUUAACCUGGUAAUGGCCAUCGGAUUUGCAGUUGACUACAGUGCCCACAUUGCCCAUGCUUACAUUACGUCAAGCAAAGUCACAGCCGAUGAGCGAGUUGUGGAUGCUCUGAGCACGUUGGGUGCAAGUGUUUUCAUGGGAGGAGUCAGUACGUUCCUUGGUAUGGUUGUACUUGCAUUUGCUGCAUCCGAGAUAUUCCGAAUUUUCUUCAGAAUGUUCUUUGGCAUCGUCAUGCUCGGGCUUCUUCAUGGCUUGUGCAUCAUGCCUGUUUAUCUGUCUUUGCUGUGCUGGAGACCCGCUCUUAUAAGACGUCCCUCAGUAAUGGACACAAGUGAAAAACUUGGAAGCACAGACACGACAGAUAAUAUUACCAACACCAAUGGUUUCUUGGAAGCGGUGAAAUCUUCCGGGGAUACAUCAUUUCAGCCGCCACAAAACUCAAACUCAAAAAAAGAAGCCGACAUCUCACUCAAUGAAAAACCAGCCAACCAGCAGAUACAGACAAAUGAAGCUGAGAAAGGAAUUCAAAACAUGGGGAUCGAUGAGGAUGACGACGACGCUGCAACGGUGGAGGUAGAAGGCGACGUUAAAAAUGCAGCUAGACUAGAAUUUGAAGUAGCGCUUUAACGAAAUACCCAGAUUUCAAAUUUAAUCAGCUCAAAAAGAAAAUAAUAGCACCUUUUCAGAGAUUAAUAGUUUCAUUUUACAAGCGAAGCUUUUUGUGUCUUGCAUUAGAAAGUCUUUAAAAUUGGAAAAACCAUUCUGGGUCAGCCUAACUGAAAUCAAGAAAAUCAAACCUGUUAAGAACUUACGACCGUCCAAAUAUUGAAAAUUCGAUAUUCAAUCUUGCUUCCAAACAAGAAAGAUACAGAGUGAGAGGAGGCUACACACUCAGAACUUUUUCUAUCCAAAGAAUAGUGCACUUGUGGAUUUGGUCUCCAUAUUUUACAUAUAUGCAUAUUUCGGUUAUGACUGUAGAUGUGUCUUGUAAACAGAAUAAAGAACUAAUUUAUCGCUUGAAAUAACAUAAUAAACUUUUAGAUGAGUGUCAUUAAUCAGUUUUGAGUUUAAGUUAAAGCAAAACAUUUCUUGUUAUUCAAAAACAAGUGGGCUUUUCACAGUAAUCCUUAGAUGCUUUCAUUAAGUUAGCAAUAGCAGGCUCUUUCUAUUUAUUCUAUUUCUAUUUAGUAAAUUCAUUUCUAGUUUCAAAGAGAUUUAAAAAAAACUACAUAGGUUCACUCACAAAGGAAAGAAAAUAUGUGCUAAAAAGACUUCAGUACACAGCUGUUUGUGUUAAGAAUUGUUGCAGUGCAAAGUGAAAAGUGCCAGGCAUUAAUUAGCCACUUGAAAGAACGUUAUUCUUUAUCAAAAAUGCCCCUUUCACCCCAAACAUAUAUUGCUUAUAAUUAAUACUUUUCUUGAUAGAGAGUUAAGAUUAUUUUGUAUCAAAAAAUGUACAUAUUUACAUGUAAUGCUAUGAAAUAGCUUUAAGAUACUUAUUACAGGUGUGCUGAUUAAUAAACAACAAUGAUUAGUCUCUUGCUGGGUUUAAGUAACACUACCAUCUAAACCCUUGGCCAAAUUCAUCCUUAGAAAAGCAUGGAAAGAGCACAUUUACAAAUAAAAUUCCUUAGUUUAAGGUUAGCCAAAGCUGACCUUGAGAUUGUC